CUUGGUGGGAAGCGCUGGCCGAGGCGGCGGGAACGUGCGUCCCACGGGACCGUCGGUCCCAGACCAGCCCCGGCUCCCCAUCGCCGCGGCGCCUCGGUCUCAAGCGCUGAGCACUACAACUCCCGGCAUGCCGUGAACGUGAUGGCGGAGGCUCGGGGGCGGUGUCCAGCCCUGCGGAGGUCCCCGCUCCCCCGCCCCGUCCCCUCGGCAGCCCGGGCUGCGCGCGGAGCCGGGACGCGAGCCAUGGAGGAGCCGCUUCCGCCGCCUCCGCCGGUGGGCUCCAGCAAGCCGCACCUGGAGAAGCUGACGCUCGGGAUCACCCGCAUCCUAGAAGCAUCCCCAGGUGUGACAGAGGUCACCAUCAUAGAAAAGGCACCUGCUGAGCAUCAUAUGAUUUGUUCAUGGGAACAAAAAAAUAAUUGUAUACUGCCUGAGGAUGUGAAGAAUUUUUACCUGAUGACCAAUGGCUUCCACAUGACAUGGAAUGUGAAGCUGGAUGAGCACACCAUUCCAUUGGGCAGCAUGGCAAUUAACAGUAUUGCAAAACUGACUCCACUCCACCAGUCUUCUAUGUACUCACUUCCUAAUGCACCAACUCUGGCUGACCUGGAGGAUGAUCCACAAGAAGCCAGUGAGAACCAGCCAGAGAAGCCUCACUUUGAUUCUCGCAGUGUGAUAUUUGAGUUGGAUCCUUGCAAUGGAAAUGGGAAGGUUUGCCUUGUCUACAAAAAAGGGAAACCAGCAUUAGCGAAAGACACUGAGAUUUGGUUCCUGGACAGAGCAUUAUACUGGCAUUUUCUCACAGAUACCUUCACCGCCUAUUACCGCCUGCUCAUUACACACCUGGGCCUGCCCCAGUGGCAGUAUGCCUUCACCAACUAUGGCAUUAGCCCACAGGCCAAGCAAUGGUUCAACAUGUACAAACCCAUCACCUGCAACACAAGCCUGCUCACCGAAGAGACUGACUCCUUUGUGAACAAGCUGGAUCCCAGCAAAGUGUUCAAGAGCAAGAACAAGGUCUUAAUCCCCAAAAAGAAAGGGCCUGCUCAGCCUCCAGGUAGCCAGAAAGGGCCCUCAGGUCCGCCGGCCACCCUUAAACCCUCCUCUGGCUCUGGAAACCCUGUCCGGAAAUGAGCACCCCACCUCCAGCUCCCUGUCGGCCCCACAGCGAUGAUUUCCAUGCACAGAUACCCCAGGGGUGGCCCAAGCGUGAGGGCCUCCUGCCAUCUGAGUGACCUAAAUCCCAGGCAUUUUACUCCCAUUAGCAUUAGCCAGGAGUUGGGAGGGCAUACUCAGGUUUUUCCAAGAGUCCUCUCAUCCCCCCCGCAACAGGUUGUGCCGCCCCCUAUCUCUGGAAGCUGUGGAGAGUUUUGUCUUGUUUAAGUAGCCAAAUAGAUCUGUUAAGAGCUUCCUCUGUUUUCAGUCACAACCCCCUAUCCAGCAGUGAUUGAAGAGUCCCUCAAAGAAACCAUGGGGUUUGAUCCAUGAGGCAUUAGGACUGCCAUGUUCAGUUGGUUGCCACUAGUCACAUGUGGCUAUUUAAAUUAUAAAUAUCCACUUCCUUAUUAUGUAUAUUACAUUAUAGCUACAUUUUGCAUAUUCAUGUGGCUAGUGGAUUCCAUACAGACAGCACAGAGAUGAGACAUUUCUGUCAUCACAGAAAAUUCUAUGGGACAGCCCCCGAAUUAGAAUAUUUUCACACUGCUCUUCCUCAGAUCAGUUAAUAUUUGUUACCAAAUAUUGAUACCUUAAUUUGAUGGUCAUAAUGUUCCUUGAAAAUAUAAUUGUAUGUUCUUCAUAUCCUUUAUCACAAACAAAUCUCCCACUGCUCAGGUCUUUUUCAGUUUUUUAUAGUUUCUCAUCUACAUCAGUUUCCUAUAAAGUUUUUUGCUUCCAGUUUUGUGUUGUGAUGUUUGCACUUUUGCCAAAAUUAUCUUUCUCUAAAGGAGAGGUGAUUAUGCUAUACUCUAACCAUUUAAAAACAAACUCUCAAGAAUUACUUUGCAGCACUCUUCAUAAAGAGCUUUGAUGCAACCAGUCACUGUUUUCCAGACCUUUCCACCUGCUCUGCCUACUCAGCCUGCUCACAGCUGUUCAACCUUUCAUGGUGUGGCUGAAAAGGAUAAGACUGGAUCCAGGUUGUCAAGGACAUCGCUGAAGUUUAGUCUUCCAGAAGUACUUUUUUCUGCCAGAACUGGUCAAAUCAAAGAGAUUCUAGCCUUUAGCUGCUUCUCCAAGACAAGACAAGGUUAGAGGGGAAUUGAGAAGUCAUGUCACCUUCCAGGGUGGCAGGUAUUCUUUCCCUAAGUCCGUCCUGAUUUAGUUCUAGAUUUUUACAAGUGAAGCAGCAGAGGAGCCACAAGAGCAGUGGUGCCCUUUAAAUCAGUGGCAAUCAGUGAGGGUCCUCAAAGGGCUGUGGACUAAAGGGGUUGUAUAAGGAAAGACUCAAGACCUGCCUUGGGAGGAGCAAAGCAGUGAAGAGCAGAGCUGGCUGGCUACCUAAUGUGUAGGACCCAGUGCAAAAUGAAGAUGUGAGGCCUCUGGUUCAAUAAUCAGGAAACUACCAUUAAGGUACUAAAAUGUUUCCUUUCUUUCAUGGUCUCUAACAGCUUGUUAUAGUGGUUUUUGCUACUUAAUGCUGUUCUAAGUAAAAUUAAAAUUUUAAAUUAGAAGCAUUAAUUUUAUCAUUCAUCUUGAUAUUGUCUAAUUCCAGUUUUAGCUACAAAUAUAAAACACUUAACUCAUGCAGAAUGACCAAAAUUCUAUAAUUUGUAUUUCAUAGCUUAUGUAUACAUAUUGUAUGCAUAUGUAUUCUUACCAAAACUGUGGAAACUGCAUAAAACUAGCUCAAAUGUUA